UAGCCCUCCUCUGGUACAUGAUUCAUUGGUCGUCGAGCCCCAUCACCACCAUUCUUUUUUAGUAUAAAUUAAUUUUCAUUUUCUCUGGUAAAUAAAAUUCAUCAUUUAUUUUUAGUAUUCGUAUAAUCAUCAUUGAAGUUGUAGCAGAAGUGAAAAACAAAGCAAUCCCCGAUUGCUUAAGAUUCCUCACCUAGUCACAUGCUCCUCUUCUUCCUCACCCAAAAAAGAAAGCAAACCCUAGAUCCAAGAUCAGAGCCCAAACUCAGACCAAACUAGAGUUAAACUAUCGAACUAAAUCAGAGACAUGAAGAGAGAUCUCCAUCAGUUUCAAGGUCCUCCUGAUACUAGAUUCCCCAACCACGGGACAGCGAACACCGGUUCCUCUUCUAAAGACAAGAUGAUGAAGGUUAAGGAAGAAGAAGACGGCGGAAACAUGGAUGAGCUUCUCGCUGUGUUGGGUUACAAGGUGAGGUCGUCAGAGAUGGCGGAGGUUGCGUUGAAGCUAGAGCAGUUAGAGACCAUGAUGGGUAACGUUCAAGAAGAUGGUUUAUCUAAUCUCGCGACGGAUACUGUUCACUACAACCCGUCGGAGCUUUACUCGUGGCUUGAUAACAUGCUCACGGAGUUUAACCCGCCGCCGCCGGAGAUAAACAACUCGUUUCUCGCCGGAGCUGGUGGUUCCGAUUACGACCUCAAAGCCAUUCCUGGAAACGCGAUUUACGCGAGAUCCAACCAGUUCGCGAUAGAUUCUUCCUCCUCGUCGAACCAAGCUGGUGAUAACAGCCAGAGCACCAAGCGUUUGAAGUCAUGCUCGAGCCCUGAUUCGUUGGUUACAGGAACAACGGUAACAACCACAACUACUGAGUCAACUCGGUCCAUGGUCCUGGUGGACUCGCAAGAGAACGGUGUGCGCCUAGUCCACGCGCUCAUGGCCUGCGCGGAAGCUAUCCAGAACAACGAUUUGUCUAUAGCGGAAGCUCUCGUCAAGCAGAUUGGAUUCUUAGCCGUGUCUCAAGCCGGAGCCAUGAGGAAAGUGGCGACGUACUUCGCCGAAGCUCUCGCGCGGCGGAUCUACCGCCUCUCUCCGCCGCAGACUCAGAUCGAUCACUCUCUCUCGGACACGCUCCAGAUGCACUUCUACGAGACGUGCCCUUACCUCAAGUUCGCUCACUUCACGGCCAACCAAGCCAUCCUCGAGGCUUUCGAAGGGAAGAAGAGAGUCCACGUCAUCGACUUCUCCAUGAAUCAAGGCCUGCAAUGGCCGGCGCUUAUGCAAGCCCUUGCGUUGAGAGAAGGUGGUCCUCCUGUUUUCCGGUUAACCGGGAUUGGUCCUCCGGCGGCGGAUAACUCCGAUCAUCUCCAUGAGGUUGGGUGUAAGUUAGCUCAGCUCGCGGAAGCGAUUCACGUCGAGUUUGAGUAUCGUGGCUUCGUGGCUAAUAGCUUGGCCGAUCUCGAUGCUUCCAUGCUUGAGCUUAGACCGAGUGAGAUCGAAGCUGUGGCGGUUAACUCUGUUUUCGAGCUACACAAGCUCCUUGGCCGUACCGGUGGGAUAGAGAAAGUUCUCGGCGUGGUGAAACAGAUUAAACCGGUGAUUUUCACGGUGGUUGAGCAAGAGUCGAAUCAUAACGGUCCGGUUUUCCUAGACCGGUUUACUGAGUCGCUGCAUUACUAUUCGACACUGUUUGAUUCUUUGGAAGGUGUUCCCAGUAGCCAAGACAAAGUCAUGUCGGAAGUUUACUUAGGGAAACAGAUUUGCAAUCUCGUGGCUUGUGAAGGACCAGACCGGGUGGAGAGACACGAGACGCUGAGUCAAUGGGCUAACCGGUUCGGUACGUCCGGUUUUGCGCCGGCACAUCUCGGGUCUAACGCGUUUAAGCAAGCGAGUAUGCUUUUGGCUUUGUUUAACGGCGGCGAAGGUUAUCUUGUGGAGGAGAAUAAUGGGUGUUUGAUGUUGGGUUGGCAUACUCGACCUCUGGUAACAACCUCCGCUUGGAAGCUAUUGGCGGCGCACUGAGUGGACACGGAGACUAGGUUGGUGGCGGUAUGGUGGGUUGACUCGGUUGUUUGAGUUUCAAAAUCAGUGGACCGGUGAUGAGAUAUGUUCGGACCAGACCAGAACCGAACUGUAUCGAACCGUUUUGCCGUUUGUUUAAUUUAUUUUCACCUGUUUAAAAUUCUUAUAUCUUUUUUGUUAGCUCGUUUUUAAUUUAUGCUUUUUGGGGUAAGUUAAAUAUGCAGAGUAUGUAUUUACUAAAUGUUUUAAAAUAAUACUCCUUCCGUUUCAUAUUAA